UCACAAAUAUGAUGAAGCUCUUGUUCGUCACACUGGCCGUGGCGGCCGCCGCGAACGACGGCACGUACUCGAUCAAGUUUUUGUCCAACGUCGCUCAAUCGUCAUGCGAGCUCAUCAAACCCCUGGGUUUGACGCAACUGCACCGCGGUAUUCACGGCAUUAACGACACCCUAGAAGAAGUCGCACCUCGCCAGAACAAGCAGUCUGUGGACGAGAUCCGUCGGAACGACCUACUUGGAUCACAACUGUUGAUCGAAGUGUUUGGGGGGGGUGCCGACGCCGUCCAAGCUCGUGCCAACGUGCUAUGUCCGAACGGUAUGAUCACUCGCAAGACGAAAAACCUUCGUGCAGAUUCCGUCAGUGUGCGCGCCGCCACGAUUCAAAAGAUUGUCGACUCGGGGGACCCCAAGAAUCGCAUCGAUGUGGUGUUUAUGGGGGACGGGUACACUGCGUCGGAGCAAGCCAAGUUCUUCGGCGACAUACAACGUUUGACCACGGACAUGUUUACAGGCAACACGUUUGCCCAGUACUUGCCCCUGUUUAACAUUUGGGCGUCGUAUGUGCCAUCGGUGCAGUCGGGGGUCGGCGUAGGGGGCACCCCCCUCAACACUGCAUUUGGGUUGUACCGUGACGGCACGGAGCUCCGCGCUGUGUACACGUCCAAGCCGGACGUAGCUCGCAGCGUGUGCGCUCAAACAGGAGCAUUGGCGUGCGAUUUCCCAGCUCUGAUCGCCAACGACGACUUUUACGGGGGCCUUGGGGGUGAGUUUGUAAUUGCCACGCGGUCCCCAACCACGGGCACGAUGGUAUUGCGCCACGAGAUGGGCCACAACUUUGGCAAAGUCGGAGAAGAGUACGACGGGGGGCAAGUAUACUCGGGGGCCAACUCGGCGCGGACGGCCAAGGCCGUUCCGUGGAAGCACUGGCUCACAGAACCAACCAAACUCACCGAGCAAAAGUGGGCCCAAUUGUAUCAAAAGCACAUUUGGCACGACCUCAAAACUGGCGCGUACACGAUCGAUUUCACGUCAAGUGGCACGUAUAAGCGAUGGUACAUUGUUCUGUCCGUGUCUGGCACGGACACGCAGGACUCGCUGUCGGUGACGCUGGACGGCAAACCGCUGGUGUGGACAACCAAGGGUGUGAAGGACCGCACGUUUUACACGUGGAGCAGCAACACAGCGGGGUUCACGGCCGGCGCGCACAAGCUCGUGGUCAAGGCUGGCGGGGCGUUCACUGGCCCCAUCAUCAAGCAACUGUGCAAUGCGCAAGUAGCAGAAUAUGCGAGCGAAGCAGAGUACCACCAAGACGGCGACUACAUUGGCGUGUACCCUACGUACGACCUCAACAAGGCCAAGUCGUUUCGCCCCAACAGCGAAAAGUGCUUGAUGCGAAACAUGACGUCGGCCGAGUUUUGCAGCCCGUGCCAAGAGAACAUGUGGCAGCAGUUCUUGACUCGGGUGUCGGUGAUCGACAACGUCAUCGUGACGGGCAAGAAGGUCGCGCUGAAGCUGAUUCCACUAGCCCAGCUACGCCUCCCCACCGACUUGUUUGUCCAGGCCAACCCCAAGGUCGCCGCCGCCGAGAAGUACUCGACGCAGUGGUUCAACAACGGCAAGGAAGUGGUGCAGUUUCGAAACUUAUUCAGUGUCGACACGUCCACGGUGGCAACCACGACCAACGCGUGGACGGUCUCGGUGCAGUUUUCGACCCCCAAUGUCCGCCUUGACCCGAAAAACGUGCUGAAGGCGACCAAAGCAUUCACCGUGCCUCGUUAAACCUGCCUUGUUUGGUUGUUGACAAGUAAUCGUGCGUUCACGUCCUCAAACAUUGGGAUUCGUUUAUGAUUGUGCGCGGCAUCCUUCGUUACCUGCUGUUCCACGCAGCCAGACUAUUAAUUACUACUGUAGUACUACUACUCCUGUAAGCUUAGUACGGAGUACUACGUAGUACUUCGAAGUAGAAAUUAAUACUAACGUUACUGGAGGGCGG